AUAAAAUUAGCUGUCUCGAACACCCGCGUCGCUUUUUUCUCUUUGCCCAAUCUGAGAAAGAAGAAAUCACACCCAAAAGAAAAAAAUCUGCGGCAACUUCUUCGUCUCUCCUUUCUCUUGUUCACGCGGUUACAGGCUCAUAAUUCCCCAUUUCUAUUUACUGACGACGUCUUUCACGGAGAAUCAGCAAAGAACUCAGCAUUAUUAUUAUUAUAAAUGAGCAAACUUUUCUGCUAGAUCUACUCUCUAUCUUCUUAACUACUCAGACAUAUCUCUUUGCUAAAUGCUGAAGGAUUAAAGGGUUAAUAAGAUGAGUCCUACAAAAGCAUCAUCGAGGACGAAACAAUCACUUGUUCCUCUUGCAACCCUUAUUGGUAGGGAGCUUAGGAGCGAGAAGCUGGAGAAGCCUUUACUCAUCUAUGGUCAAGCUGCUCUAGCUAAGAAGGGAGAAGACUUUUUUUUGAUUAAAACUGAUUGUGAGAGGGUUCCUGGUGAUCCUUCCUCUGCUUUUUCUGUUUUCGGGAUAUUUGAUGGUCAUAAUGGUAAUUCAGCUGCUAUAUAUACUAAGGAGCAUCUUUUGGAUAAUGUGGUGAGUGCUAUUCCUCAAGGUGCAAGUAGGGAAGAGUGGCUUCAAGCUUUGCCUAGGGCUCUUGUUGCAGGGUUUGUUAAAACCGAUAUUGAGUUUCAGCAGAAAGGGGAAACUUCUGGAACGACGGUGACGUUUGUUAUAAUUGAUGGUUGGACUAUCACUGUUGGUUCUGUUGGUGACUCACGGUGUAUAUUAGACACCCAAGGUGGUGUUGUUUCUCUGCUGACUGUUGAUCACAGGCUGGAAGAGAAUGUUGAAGAGAGAGAACGUGUAACUGCUAGUGGGGGUGAGGUCGGAAGGCUUAAUGUUUUUGGUGGUAAUGAGGUUGGCCCUCUUCGAUGCUGGCCUGGUGGUUUGUGUCUUUCGAGGUCCAUUGGUGAUACUGAUGUGGGUGAAUAUAUAGUCCCAAUACCGCAUGUUAAGCAAGUGAAACUUUCAGAUGCUGGAGGGAGACUCAUUAUAGCUUCAGAUGGUAUAUGGGACAUACUGUCUUCUGACAUGGCUGCCAAAGCUUGUCGUGGGUUAUCUGCUGAGCUUGCUGCUAAACUUGUUGUUAAGGAAGCAUUGCGAACAAAAGGGUUGAAGGAUGAUACUACUUGUGUAGUUGUUGACAUAGUUCCAUCUGAUCAUCUUACCUUGGCUCCAACUCCUAAAAAGAAGCAGAACACAUUCACCGCAUUUCUUACUAAGAAAAAGCAUACUGAUACCAACAACAAGAACGCGAACAAGCUCUCUUCUGUUGGAGUUGAAGAACUGUUUGAAGAAGGUUCUGCUAUGCUUGCAGAUAGAUUGGGAAAGGAUCUUCCCUCGAAUACAGACACUGGGCUCUUAAAGUGCGCUGUAUGCCAAAUAGACCAAUCUCCAGGUGAAGUUCUAUCAAGCAAUGAUGGUGGUAUCAUCUCCUCAGCAUCUAAACGAUGGGAAGGCCCCUUCUUAUGCAGAGUAUGCAAGAAAAAGAAAGACGCAAUGGAAGGAAAAAGACCAAGCAAAGGCUCAGUGACCACUUAAAACCACUAUAUCUGGUAAGAAAUGGCUUAUGUUUCUCGUUUUUAUUAUCUUAACUUCUUCUUGGUGUGCUGUGAGAUAGCCUGGUUAAGGUUUUGUGUUCUUUUCCCUGGCAUUGAUUUGGAGAAGUAGCAUUAAUAGUAGAAGUUUGUUGCAAAAUGUUUGUAGAGAAUAGAACCAAUUCUUCUUAUCCCAUUGUUUAAGAUAUGUCAUGGUUUGUGUUCUUUGGCUUAUGCUAAACAUUUACCUUGAUAGAUGUGUGUGUUUUAAUUGUGAAUCGCUAAUAUAUUAACAUGGCUUUUCCAAGUUGUCUGUAGAAUUAUUGAGGUUCGUGUAUGUCUUUUUUUUACCUCUGGUGUGAUAUGAAUGAGCCA